CUGCGGCAUAGCGAGACGCGACCGGCCGUUCUAUAAAUAUGGAAUUAUAAUUCAUAUCACUGAUCAUAUGCAGCAUAAGGUCCUCAGUAAAAUGGGGAGGCAGCUUCCAAAACCAAAGGCAUUGUUCGGUGAGAUGAAAUAUGGAAGAAGGGCCAUACAUCUUGCAAAUCAUGAGCUAAGUGAGAAGAACACCAAAGGCAAAGGACAAAGAGCAGAAGAGCCUUCAUGGAUCCCCCACCCAAGGACUGGAAUAUACUAUCCAGAAGGCAAUGAAAGGGUGAUGGAAGGAAUUCCACAAGGUGCUGCUUCCUUUGGCAGGCCUUAUUGGCUCAGAAACUCAGAAGGGGUUGAUAAGCCAGUAUCUGCUGACUUUGACAGUGACAUAUUUGACCACCCAUUUCUUGAUGUUUGAAUGAAUCAUGACAUCUAUUAAAAGAUAUGAUAUUUUAGAUGUUAGAUUAAUGCUGAUGUUUGCCUCUUGAAUGGAUUAUUAAUGUAUCAUGAUGUAUGUCUUAAUUAGAAUAAUGAGGAACAUCAAUUGGUAUUCAAGGA